AUGCACUCGGUCCUGCGCGACUGGACGGACGAGGUGGGCAGGAGCAUCCUGUCGCGCUUCACGGCGGCUAUGAAGCCGGGUUACAGCCGGCUCUUGGUCAACGAGAACGUGCUGCCCCCGACGGGGGCCAACUGGCAGAAGACGGCGCUGGACAUGAUGAUGAUGACGCUGUUCUCGUCGAGGGAGCGGACAGAGGAGCAGUGGCGCAGGCUGCUGGAGCCGGCGGGGCUCAGGAUCAUCAAGAUCUGGUCCCAAGGCGAGGGCGUGGAGAGUCUUAUCGAGUGCGAGUUGGCGUGA